GGGGCACCGGCACUGCACGGGGCUCGUACACGUAACUUCACACGCAACCGCACGGCGCGCAGGUUAACGCUAUCCUUUGCUGUCAUACUUCCACUCCGCUACUAACCCAAGCCCACACCCUCUCGCUCUCUUACGCCUUUUCGCUUUCCCUCUUUCUCUCUGAAGAUGUUCCGCUUUGUUGCCCCGAAGUGCCAGGCCGCCGCCGUCGCCGUGUGCGCAGCGAGCGUGCGCUACAACAGCGGCAAGAGCGUGACGGAGACGACGAAGCCCAAGCAGGACUCUGACCGUCCGAAAGGUGACCGUGCGCCGGUGCGUCUGCCGUUCUGCCUGUAAUCGACACAAUGAACUCCAGAGCACCUCGCUGCAAACGACGCCGAGGCCGUGCUGUGCAUGCACCGCUCGCGUCUUGGUUUAAAAAGUGAAAAGAUAGUGCUCUAACAAGUGCUUCGCCCUUAUUUUCUUCCGUUGAUAGGCUCUCUAACUCUCGAUCCUACCUUGGUGAAAAUGAAUUUUUGUCUGUUACGCCGUUCAUUUUUUUUUUCGCUUGUGCAAACUGUCACUCUAAGAUAUCUCUCUUUUUUCCCUUCUACGCCCCAAAACAAAGAACUGUGAUCUGCCUUUUUUUUUUUCAAGCCUACCACAGCCUAGGAAUGGCGAAGCCUUUCUCAGUUUAAUCCCCUGAAACACGACUGCCUUGAGUGGCAGCGCGUGCCGCCCUCCUCAAAAUGCAAGCGAAGAGAAGCGUUUGCGAGGCGGACGCCAUGGAUUUGCACGUCCGCGUGAGCAGCUAAAUAUAUAUAUAUAUGAUAUUUACUUCCUUCCCAGAAAUGUGCGCUUAGCCUCUCACUCGCUUGUUUUCUCUCGCAAAACAGUGUCUUCUUACUUUCAUAUAGUCUAUUUCGUGUCGCUGCUUCAAUUCCCCUCCGCUCGCGAGCGUUUUCCGCUGUGCGAACCCCUCUCUACUGACGAUGAAGCGGAAAAGUACCUGUCCGGUGCGUUUUCACCCGCGACAAAACAAAUUGAGUUGUCGAGGAGAAGAUAGCCCGUCGUUCAGGCUGCCACCCAUCGUUCUCCGUUGCCGAUACAAGCGUGCAGGGGUAAAUGAAGAAAGGGGUGUGCACGGGAAGUGCAAUGACGAUGCCAGCAGCAACGUGACACAUCCUAUGGAUUAUCAAUGUGCAGAAGUUGCAUCCGUCUGAAGCGCCAAAGCAACACACAAAUUGACAUAUCUUUUGAAACGAAAACUCUUCUAUUAUCUCUCUUUUGUUUUAUGUUAUUUUUCUUGAUCAGUUUAGCACAACGAACAGACAAC